AUCUAUUUAUAUCAAACAGAACAGGUGUUAAAUUACGACUUUACUCCGGUUUCAAAAGUUAGGCAGAUCUCAAUACUUGGCUUGUACAAAGUCCAAUCACGAGAGUUGUAUAUUAUUAUACAUACGUGGAUAUCAACAAGGUGUGAAAUGAAGCUACAUGUACUCUCAAUCUGAGUAUAUAUUUACAAGGUUACCUUACACUCAUCGAGGACACAGAACUUCAGAUGUUUAUACGGCUGGUACAACUUUAGUUAACAGUUUUGGAAACUCUACAUAAACUGUGGUUAUGGCCUAUACAUGGACAAAAAGCACGGAUGCGGAGUAUAAACAAACUAAAAAGUAUUUUAGUACCUGAGGUCACAAAGAACAUUCGGGACAUAGCCAUAUAGCCAUAUCAACAACAUAUGAUGUUACAAAUUGUUUACGAAUAUACUGAUUUAGGUCACGCUUGCCAAAAAACUUACAAUUAAAAAACACUGAGUGGUCAUGGCGUUUUAUAUGAAGUUAAACUUCUCGGGAUCUGAAAGGACGAUGAUCAUGUUUCUAUUAAUAGCUUCAUGUAUGUUAAUAAGAGACUGCAAUUGCCAACCACAACGACCAAGAUAUUUCAACAGAUCAUACACAGCUUCCAACGAUGAUUCAAGUUCAAGCGAGGAGUCAAUUGAGUCAAAUGAGUCCGAUGAAUCCGACGAAGGCAUACUUUAUACAGACUUUGGACCAUUGUACAUACUGGAUAAUGGCACAGGUCCCCUUCCAUAUCCAUUUAAUGAGACAAAAAGUGUUAUACCCCACAGCUCAAAACGUACAGUUGGAACAAUGGCACUGGUAGUGCUUGGAGGGGUUUUUCUCCUUCCUAUAUUACUCGGGUGCUAUAAGUUUUUCAAGAGACUCAACACGGCAUCUGAAUAUUGUUUUAAAGGUGGCGACGGCAUGGAGACAUGGGUUGUUGAUCAAAAUAUCGAGCGACUUUCUAGAAGAGACAGUGAUACCAGACAUACAUCUACACUGUCCCCUAAUGAACAACUGAGGUGUGCCCCUUCAACAAAUGAUUCUCAGACGAUGAGAGGAGCAGAAAGACCAUCAUCAAACAGAACUCCAUUCAGGGUACAGUUUGGAGGGAGGCACCUCUCGGGACCAGAGUAUGAAAUGAUGACGAUUGUAAUAAGAACUCAUCAAGAUGAAAAUUAUCCAUUGCCAAUAGAUUCUCUUCCUCCUUCUGGUGUCUCUCCAACAGCCACCGUGCCACAGCCGCCAUCUUAUGAACAAGCAACGCAACCUUGUUCAGACAUGUCUGUAUCCCAGGAAAACACUAUUGCUCAAAGUCCACCACCAUACACUAAGGAUAGUAAUAUCCCGUCUGAUGAUCCCAUUAAUCCACCAAUGGAUACUGGUAAUAAUUCAAAUGAAGAAGAGCCCCCGCCAUAUGUUGUAUCAGAAACACUUCUGCCACAGUCGCACAUAACAACAUCAUAAUUUACUAGCUCAAGAAUUUAUCAUAAGCUCAAGAACAGGACAGAAGGAAAACUAUAAUUCAUCUCGAUUUUAUUUAGAGCUCGAGAUCAUCGGUUAAUAAUUUGCCGGACUGAUAUGCACGUUGGGACCAAUAUACAGUAUGUUACUACAGACUUUAAGCUUGCAUAUAAGACCGAAACGGCAACCGAAACAUACAUAUAUAAAUAGCCCAUACACAAAUGCAUGAUUGUACAAUAGUUUAUUCUCACUCAAAUAAUCGUCUCGGCUACAGUGCAGUGUCUAAUUAGUCCGUUACUUAGCUUGACUACAAUACACAUCAUCGUGUCAUAUGCCAUUGAUAGUUAUAUACCUGGUUUUCAUGAUACAUAUUUUAAACAAGCUCGUUUCGUAAGAUAUUUGGAGCUAAAACUUGUAUGACAUACAUUAUUUUCUUCAGAGAGCAUCAUUAA